AUGAUGCUCGGGCACGGCAGCUUCUCCAGGUCACCUGUCAACCGUGAGGGUGCUCUCACACUCCGCAGCACUCCGUCGCUGCCGCACAUGCCAUCUCACGCUGACACGGCUGGGCAACUUCAUGUGGCCCUCCCACCCUUCGGCCCCGCCCCGCCUCCCCAUGCCCGGGACAAGCUGCACGAGGAAUACUCUGCACGCGUGGCUUUGCACUGCCGGGUGUCCACGACCCCUGAGACAAGCUGCCACGGCCGGCGCGACCACUACACCGCCAACCUCAGCCUCCCUCACCUCGGCGACGAUGAUGGACAGCCAGUCUGCAAGCGCGCACAUGUGACUGCAGACGAACCUGCGUCGAAGUCUUCUGGUGGGGGUUUUCAGGCACAAACCACGCACUCCACGCUGUUGGUCCAUUCGCAUAAGCUACCAUGCAUGCCCGUUACCUGGGAGCUCGAUCCGCAGCAGCUGCACCCGGCGCAGAGGGAAGAUUGGCUCAAGGACAGAGCCCAGGCGCCGACGACAGCUGUGUCCCCGUCGCAUCGAGCCACGUCAACGGCGCGCAGCACAUCCAAACCUCAGACAGGCAAGACGCCUGCGGCCAGGGAGGCAGCAAGCACUCGAGAAAGGUGUCGCCGAGGGGCAAUUAGCACGCAGAUAGACACCAUGAGAGCGCUGGUGUUCGAGCCCUCCGGAAAGCGCCAUUCAGAGCUGACAGUGCUCAUCUGUGCUUUGUACACAUUGUACAAGCGCGACAGCCACUUUCGGAUGUCGCCCGAGCAGAGCUAUCACGGCGCGCUUCUGACACAACAAGACGUAACCGACGCUGCUAUGCUGGAGAUCGUCAACAGCGAGCGCCAGCGCAAGAAGCUUCCACCUGUUGCCAGCCUUGGCCACUUCACUUACCCCAGGUCUGCAUCACCAUCAGCGCCAGAGAGGGUCGAGGAGGAGCCCUGCACGACGGCAAGCAGGAAGAUGGUUGCGAGGGUCGCCCGUGGCGGAGCGACCAUGCCUGUUGACGCUCCGCUGCUAGACGCGUCAUCCUGCGAAGAACAGCAGUCGGUGCAAGACACACAGCAGGCAGCUGCUUCGCAGUCUUCCACGCGCAACUCCCGCAAGAACAAUCAAGAGCGCAAAAGUCGCAGCCUCAAAGCUCAGGUCAUCUGCAAGAUGGCCUCCCUCCUGCCCUCAGCGACCACACGGGAGAAACAGCUGGAGGCCACAUGCGAGCGACUCCGCUUUCUUCAACGCCCCGAGAAGCGUCAAGGUAAACUCGAUCCGAGUGAGAUGAGCAACUUUUUGCGGCUGCUUUGUGACCGUGACACAACACCCUACAAACAGCACAACUGA